AUGGCUGGUAGAUAUGUUAACGAGGAUACCGUCGAAUCUGAACGUCCAUUAAAAGUAUGUGCGGAGGCAGGCAGAAAAUGUGUGCGAAACAUACACCAAUAUCCCGUCCUCUCGGCCGAGUGGAUUGCUUUAGUGGAUUCCCUGAAGCAGCUGUCAAGACUUGUGCAGCUCGAAGGCAGAAUGCCAGCAAAUCCCAAGGUUCUUGAGGCUCAAGGACGAGACAUGGCCUCAGAAGGAACUCUCUGGGACCAGGAGGCGCACGAGAAUGCAAUUCGCAUUUUGGUCGAAGAAGCUAAAGUCAACCUAUGUCUCAGGAUGAUGUAUGACUUCAAGAAAUGGCAGCAAAAUCCAGCCGAGAGGCAAGCAACAAUUGAGGAAGCCAUCAAGGCUUACGACUCCACAGAACUGCAGCUCGAACAGAAGUGCAUUCAGUUUGAGGAAUGCCUGGGCACGCUUCUUCGGAAGGCCUUCAUGCAUGUGGAAACCUUGCAGCUUAUGGACAUUCCCCUGCUGAUUGAGCAUUGCGUGUUCAUCCUCCAGGGCUGCUUCAGUUCACUCGGUGACAGUCUAGGAGACACUCGCCUCCAAGAAUCCGUGGUCUUGUACUACUUUGGCUCCUUGAUGAAGCAUGCCGAGGCGCUGAACAACUCGGAGCUGCUUGCACGGAGCCGGGAGCUUCAACUGGUGGAGCUGGCGGUGAGCCACUUCCUCCGCUUCGCAGACCAGUUUCAGGAAGAUCUGAAGCUUAGCCUCGCAGAAGGGCUUUCAGCAAUGGCUGAUAACGAGGAUUUCAUGACCGAAUGGGAGUCCUUCUUCCCAAGCCCAGAUGCGAAAGCGACCUUCUUAAUGCUUCAAGAAAAGCUAACAACUCCUAUCUUGGAGGAAAAGCCAGAAAAGCGAAGGGAAAUCAGACCUCUUUUGGACUUCUUCAAUGCCAUCAAGCGUUCCAUGUGA